UAAGCAUAUUUCGUCUUCUUGCGUCUUUGCUAACUAGGAAUGUUAUAAGUUCCACUUUAUCUCUAAUAUUAUCAGAUCAUAGGAAAAGACAUUGGCCAAUUAAAAUAAAACAAAAACAUUUUUCGAUAGUUUGGUAAUAAUUUUGUUUCAAGUAAAAUAAAGGGUAAUUACUAAUUAGCUAAUUUUCUGAGAGAGAGAGAGCGCGAGAGACAAGACAGAAUAAGAAAAAGCAAUAAAACGGACAGAAAAAAAGCAUAGUGAUCAAAUAGCUUUGUUGUCACUAUAAAUUUCACUCCAUUGACAACCUCUCAUUUCAAACCAGCACACACACCCUCUCUCUCUCCCCUUCCACUAUCUCGCUUCCUUCACUCUCUGUCUAAAAUGGAAAGAUCCAUGGUUCCAACAUGGAGACCCGAUCCGGUUUACCGGCCACCGGAGACGCCGCUUGAGCCUAUGGAGUUCCUCGCUCGCUCCUGGAGCGCCUCAGCUCUCGAAGUAUCCAAGGCUUUAACACCUUCUGAUCCUCAGAUCCUCCUCUCCAAAACCGAAGAAGAACCCAUACUCGGAGACGGUGAUACGGAGGAGAGCGGACUUGUCUCCGGAAACCCUUUCUCAUUCGCUUCUUCAGAGACUUCUCAAAUGGUGAUGGAUCGUAUCUUGUCUCAAUCUCAAGAAGUGUCACCAAGAACAUCUGGUCGGCUUUCACAUAGUAGUAGUGGUCCUCUCAACGGUUCUUUAACCGACAGUCCUCCUCCAGAAUCCGACGAAAUCAAGCAGCAGUUUACUCGAGCAAACAACAGUUCACUGAACAACAUAAACUGCCAGUUCCGUUCAACGGCGACUACUCCGGGACCUAUAACCGCCACAGCUACACAAUCCAAGACUGUAGGACGGUGGCUUAAGGACCGGAGGGAGAAGAAGAAAGAGGAGACUCGAGCACACAACGCUCAGAUUCACGCUGCUGUCUCCGUCGCCGGUGUGGCUGCAGCUGUAGCCGCUAUCGCAGCAGCCACCGCCGCGUCUUCGAGCGCCGGGAAGGAUGAGCAGAUGGCUAAAACCGACAUGGCUGUUGCUUCAGCCGCGACUCUUGUGGCUGCUCAGUGUGUGGAGGCUGCUGAAGUGAUGGGAGCUGAAAGAGAGCAUUUGGCCUAUGUUGUUAGCUCCGCCGUCAAUGUUCGCUCUGCCGGUGAUAUCAUGACACUCACCGCCGGUGCAGCCACAGCGUUAAGAGGAGUGGCAACACUAAAGGCAAGGGCCAUGAAGGAAGUUUGGAACAUUGCAUCAGUGAUUCCAAUGGACAAAGGACUCACAACUUCUGGAGGAUGCAGCAACCUUAAUAAUGGUAGCAAUGGAAGCUCAAGUAGUAGUCACAGUGGGGAGCUUAUACAAGAAGAUAAUUUCUUGGGAACUUGUAGCCGAGAAUGGCUCGCUAGAGGUUGUGAACUUCUCAAACGUACUCGCAAAGGUGAUCUCCACUGGAAAAUAGUCUCUGUUUACAUCAACAAGACGAAUCAGGUUAUGUUGAAGAUGAAGAGCAAGUAUGUUGGGAAAACAUUUACCAAGAAGAAAAAGAACAUUGUGCUUGAAGUGAUCAAGAAUGUCCCGGCCUGGCCAGGACGACAUUUGCUAGAGGGAGGAGAUGAUCUGAGAUACUUCGGUUUGAAGACGGUUCUGCGAGGUGAUGUAGAAUUCGAGUGCAAGAGCCAGAGGGAGUAUGAUAUGUGGACACAAGGUGUCGCAAGGCUUCUUGUUAUUGCUGCUGAGAGGAGAUUUAGGAUGUGAAUAAAAAGGCUGCUCGAUAUGUGGUGUCAGUGUUUAACUAUGGGGUCAACUCAAAACUUUGAGAAACUUUAGGGGUUCCUUUGAGGUAAUGUUUUAGGGUAGGUAUGAGAAUGUAAUAUGUUGUUAAAAAAAAGGAAUGUAAUGGACCUACAAGUCAAGGAUUCAACAAGAGGUGCGGGAGCGCUUGGUUUGGAUAAACGAAAUUUAGGGGUGCAUGUUCAUUUUGUAUAAGAAAAAGAGUUAUUCUUA